UAAAAAACAAAAAGCAUAAUUAACAACAAAUGCAUAACACAACAGUUUCAAAAAACUCAACCACUCAAGAUAGUUAAAUGAAAGAACCGGACAAAAAAUGUUUAGUACGUGACAACAUCCUCUGGUUGUAAUUAAACGAACGUGACGUUUAAAUGACAUUUCAAUCAGCUGUUUUUGACAUUGGUUGGGUCAAUGACCCCUCAUUUGCUUUCAAGUGCCUUUAAUCCCCUUUUAUAACAAACGCAAUAAAACCCAAUUAUCAAUUCUGUGCUCAUUUUCCCGACAUGGAUUAUUUAUCAGAGCCCCUAAAGGAGCGCACCCUCGGUGACGGCAUUGACAGCUCAAUUCUCAAAGUCACGGAAGCUGCCCUCAGUCAGAAAAUCCCAAAAAUGAUAAACCAUCCAAUCACAUUUAAACCAAUUGAACCCAAACAUCAGAUUCACAACCUGAAACCUGUGUACGUGAGCAAGGAGAGGAAACAGCCAAAGUGGCUCAUCAGGAAGCCCAAAGAGCCCAAAUUUGUACCUUACGAGCCUUACAAGGGGGCCGUGGAGCCCAUCAUAGCCCACAAAUCCGAAAUUAAGGCAAAACCAUCGAAAAAUAAUGUCGAAAUUCAGGAUUUGGUUAAACAAAUGACGGACUUACGCUGCGCUGAGUUGAGUAAAGCCAGCAAGGAGGCGGCGCAAAACGAGGAGGAGUUGAUCCCCAGGAAAAAGUGGGAGGAGGAGAGGAGCGCCUACGAGACAGAUAUUAAAAAUUUGAGGGAGACCAACUCGCUUCUGGAGAACCAAAUCAAGUUCCAAACACAGGUGAAUAGUGAGCUGAAGACGUUGCUGGUGGCCGCAGUUGGCGAGGAUUUGGAAAGUCGCGUGCAACACUUAACGGAGGAUAAGUUGCAACUAGCCCGGGCUUUACUCAACUCGGCCAACCACUUGACGUCACACCAGGAGCAAACGGAGUGGCUGUCGGGCCAGUGCGAGGUCUGGAGGAGCAAAUUCUUGGCCUCAAGUUUAAUGGUCGAGGAGUUGGCGCGGUGGAAGUCCGCCCUCUCAAACCGCAUCAACGAGUUGCAAGAAGUCGCGAAAAAACUCCUCGAUGAGCGGUACCGUGUCCAGAAAAAACUGAUGAAGAGUUGUGUUAUUUUACACGGAGUUGAAGCGCGAUUGUGUGAAUCCCCCAAAGCGCGGGAUAGCGCCAAAAGUUCAAAUGUGGUCGAUUUGAGUCAGGUGAUUUGUGAUCUGAGUCAGGAAAUUAGCGAUUUGGUUGUUAUAGAUAAGGGGAAAAGUGAUGAUUUGUAUGCGAUUUACUCAAGUUUGGGGCAAUAUACGCCAGCGGAGAGAAGUGCAAUGAAGUUGCUUCAGAAUCCGGUCACGAUUUCGAAUAAACAGGACGCGAUUUGUAAUGCUUUAAUGGGGACUGCGAUGUCUUUAAGUGGCGAACAAGUCUAUCUUAAACAUCCUUCCAGUCAAGCGAGUUGUUGUCCACAUUGCACUGGAGAAGUUAAGAAUAUUUGAUAUUAAAUAUAAAUUUUGUUUUUUAUACAAUAAUAAAUCAAUUUUUACUA